GAUUUGAUAUCGAUAUACAGUCCAAAGUCCAAAGUGUAUAAAAGUAAAGCUCGCAAGAUGCCGCAAGUGAAAUCCCCGCCAGAAACUGGAGCAGGAUCUCCCGAGGAAACCUCGACUGCGGCAGUGGCGGCGGAUGCCAGUGAAACGGAGCGCCUGGUGAAGCUGGUGAUGGCCAUGGGUUAUCCCGAGGGCGAGGUCCGCCUUUCGCUAGCCCGUAGCAACAACAACGUACAGCGGGCGGUACAGAUUUUGGUCGAAGGAGAGGAUGACGGUGAAUCCCGGAAACGGCGUCAUAGUCGCCAGCGUUUGAAGCAGUUGCGCAGCUCCCUUUUGGGACAACCCCUGGCCACGGACGACACCAUCGUCCAGAUGAUGCGGGAUCAGAGGAUGGCACAAACCCUGCGCGAGAUGGUCAACGAGAGCAGCGUGGAGGUCAUGCAACUGCUGCUCGCGGAGGAGGAGCAGGAGGUGGAGGACUUUGACGAGGGACAGGAGGAGGAGCAGGUGUCCCAAGAGGAGCUGGGAAGCUCCAUGGAGCAGGCAUCUUCAUCCGCCGAGAACUCGCCAUCAAGCAACUAAUUCAAAUAUAGAUGUUACUAUCGCUUUUUAACUCAACUGGUAUCGUUUUUUGGAACUGCAUACCUUGAAAAACGCUUUAAGUUAGUACCGUUUUAAGUUAGUAAUUGAAGAGUUCUUAAGUUUUUUUUUCAUAAUUUAAAUAUUUAAAACACCUCAAUGUAAAAAAAUGGUGUCCAAAGGUUAAGUCUUUUGUUUGUAAUAAAACCUUAAAAAAUAAGAGUUCAAUUUUGAAUACCACCUCAAUGAAUUUGGUUUAAAGAUAAAGCUUAUAAACGUUUUCUUCUAAGUCUAAGACCUAGAUAUUACUUUAUUCAAAACACUUACAAUUUCUUGAGAGUUAAAAAUAUGGUUGAUUCUAAUGUGUGAACUUAAAAAAGAACAUGUUUCUAAAAAUUAUUAAAAAAAAAAAACAGUACUGUUUUUAAAAA